AUGAUGCGGCGUAACGGACUUGGAAAAUUACCAGCAUUGGGAUUUAUAUCAGGUUUUUUCCAUCAGCAACUACACUGUCAAAGCUGUAUGUGCAAAACCAAUGCACCAUUAAAUUCUGAACCUCCUGUUGAGGUGCCAUCAGGGAAAAAAACAACUGUCUCUGUGAACGAUUUCAAAAGUUGUAUUCUAAAAAAUCGCAUUUGGGCAAUUCACCCUGCAGGAAAACAUGUCACAGUAUAUGUUGACUCCGGAAUUUACGCCUGGAUUGUGAUGGAUCGUGCUGGCUCCAGCGCUAAUGCUUUGGGUGAAGAGUUUGUAAAAUGUAUGCAUCAAGCAUUAGAUAUUGUGGAAAAGCUUGUGGCAGAAAAUAAGGCUCGCGUUGUUAUCAUUGCGAGUGCCAAAUCUUCCUUCUGUGUUGGUGCUGACCUGGAUCAACUGUACCCUCUCACAGACAGAAAAAUGGCAUCAGAAGCGGCUAAAAUGGGUCAUGGAUUGUUUAAUCGUAUUCAACAGGAGCCUUUUCCUGUUGUGGCUGCCAUAAAUGGUCUUGCUUUGGGUGGUGGAUUUGAAAUGACCCUUGCUUGUCACCAUCGUCUACUAGCAUCAAAUGGAUCUGUGGGUUUACCAGAGUGUUUGUUGGGUCUUCUUCCUGGGGCAGGUGGUACAGUACGCCUUCAACGUUUCGUUGGCCUUGCUACAGCAGUUCAAUGGAUUAUGACUAGUGUACCUGCAAAAGCACCAAAAGCAAAGAAAGCAGGUGUACUGGAUGCAGUUAUUGAGGCAGAACCUCGAUGGGAAGGUGAGGAACGAUUUUUUGAAGGUGUACGAAAGUGGUCUGGCAGACUCGUGGAUAAACCAUUAAAACCAAUGAAACGAAAAAAUAUAUCAUUGAUGGAUCGUUUUUUGGAGCGUACUUCAUUUGGACGAAAAAUUGUUGGCAAUAAAACCAUUGAAAUGUUAAAUAAAAAAACAAAAGGAAAAUAUAUUGCGCAAUAUAAAGCAUUAGAAGCUAUUAUAUACUCAGCUGCUCAUUCAGAAAAGGAAGGAUUGGCGAAGGAACGGGAUAUAUUCAGUGAACUUUUGGUUACACCAGAGGCAAAAAAUCAAAUUGCUUUAUAUUUUCUUGAUGAAGGGAUGAAAAAGAGUGAGCGAAAAACCGGAAUUUCAAAGGAUAAAGUACCUCCUGUACGUAAAGUGGGUGUAAUUGGUGCGGGAGUAAUGGGAUCUGGUAUUGUUCACUACUUUGCCAACAAAGGUAUCCCUGUGGCGGUAAAGGAUGUAAAACAAGAAGCAGUUGACAAGGGUAUUGAAAUGGUACGAGGGGAGUUUAAAACGGCAGUGGUAAGAAAGAAAAUAACUCCUACUGUUAUGGAGGCUAAAAUGAAAUUGGUAACUGGUGGAACUUCUGAUACCGUGUUUCAUGAUGUUGAUGUAAUUGUGGAAGCUGCAGUUGAAGUUAUGGAUAUUAAAAAGAAAAUUAUUCAAGAAAUGGAGAAUCAAGGUGUCAUAAAUGGUAAAAAUAUUUUCGCUACUAAUACUUCUUCACUUAGCUUAACUGAAAUGCAAACAGUUUCUAAAUACCCAGAACGUAUUGUUGGGAUGCAUUUUUUUAACCCAGUUUCAAAAAUGCCAUUGGUAGAAGUAAUUAAAGGAAAGAAAACUUCAGCUGAAACAGCGGCAGUCAUCUUUAAUUUGGCACUUAAAACUGGUAAAAAACCUAUUAUUGUAAAUGAUGCACCAGGUUUUGUUGUAAAUCGAAUUCUUGGUGUUUAUAUGGCUGAAGCAUCUCGUCUUGCAAUAGAAGAAGAAGUGGAUUUGGCUUUAAUUGAGAAAGCUAUGCUUAAUUUUGGGAUGCCUAUGGGACCUUUUCGUCUUUUAGAUGAAGUUGGUCUUGAUAUUGCUUGUCACGUUGGACCGGUACUCUCGGAAGGGAUUAAAUCUAAACGAUUUGCUGUCGGUUCUCAGGUUGAACAAAUGAUGAAGGAUGGUUACCUUGGCAAAAAAAAUGGUAAAGGAUUGUACCGAUAUGAUGCAAAAGGAAAAGAAACAGUAAUGAAUACUGAAACUCUUGAAAAAUAUUUUCCUCAAUCUAAGAAAAGUAAGGAUGAAAACGAAAUUGUUGAUCGUUGUGUUUUACUUAUGGUUAAUGAAGCUUGCUAUAUUCUACAAGAAGGUGUUGCUGCCACUCCUGAAGAUGUGGAUAUUGGUAUGAUAUGGGGCACAGGUUUUCCAGCAUUUCGAGGUGGUUUGUUGCAACAUGCGGAUCACCGCGGUCUUCAAGCGGUUGUUGGUAGACUUCGACAAUUUCAAGAUGAGACAGGAAGUGAUCGCUAUGCCCCAAGUCCUUUGCUACUCACGAUGGUAAAGGAAGAGAAACGAUUCUUCCCGAACAGACCGUUUGUACCCUACAAGGAACGUUCAGGUUACCCACAAGUUAAGUUUUACUGA